GUCUGCUUGCACAAUGAGAUAACGUGUGGACACGAGAACGCCUAAGUAUACAUGCGUUUUUUUUACAAAUUUUGUGCACGUCCUUUCAUUUUCGUGGGUCUGCGAUUGCGCACGGCGGAAGAGGCUUCGUGUGGACUUACGUCUACGUCGAUAUAAUCUCAAUUGUGUGAUAUAUGUAUGAGAAAUUUGUUGUAGUAGUGAUUGGUAAACAUUCAUGUUAUUGCUUUUGCGUCUCAAUCUAGUUUCUCAUCCGUCGUAAUAAUAAUGCACAGUACUCGUGAAUAGCGCAUCUGCAAAAAGUAAAAGUGAGAGGCAAUCACAAAAGAAUUCAAAGUACUGUCAAAACAUUGUUCCAGUGUGCUUUAUGUCAAACGCUCAAGUUGAAGCAACAGCGACAUUUGUGUUCAUGGCGCAGCUUUGAUUAUCCGAAAGUAGAUUUUUUCGCAGUGAGUGGAAUCAGUGGUACAUUAUAGUCGUAAUGUUGUGUUUGGCUGAGGAUUGCUCGUUCGUGUAAUUAACAAAUUUCGUAGUUACAGCUUAGCACACGAAGGGCGUAUGGGCUCUUAAAACUUAAGUAUAUGUCACUGCAGCUGAAUGUCGUGACUGGGUAGAAAACUAAUGCACACAAGAAGGUAAGGAAUGGGAAAUAUACAAAGCGGCCGGUUAGUGUGGGAUUCUUUGUUGUGUUCAAAGGUGUGCCCUGAUACAAUGCUGCUUCAGGACUUCCCUGAUGAAAUACUGCUUGAAAUUUUCUCACGACUUCCUGUUAAAGAUAUAGUUACAUGUGCUCUUUAUGUUUGUAAACGCUGGAAAGCCGUGUGUAGGAGUUCAGCCCUUUGGAAAGGGCGAGAAUAUCGGUUAACAGACAAAAAAAGGAAAUGUGAGAUUGUGGAAGUAGCCAAACUUAUUCCACACCUGACAACACUUUUUGUAGGGACAGGUACAAAAUUCUGUGUAUGGUUUACUGGUUGCAAUGUGCUUCUUUCAUCAGGUGUUGAUUUUGAAAUAAUUAGGGAUUUAGUUUGGAGUUGUAAUAUUAGUAACAUAACAGUUCCAAGAGGUCUCUUCAGUCCUGAUUUGUUUCCAAAGCUGCUUGAUGAUGAUAAGAAACUCAGGUAUUUAACUGUGAAACAUGAUCCAAUGAUGUAUAACACUCCAGGUGAAACUCUACCACUUUUACUGAGACAGGGGUCACUGUCAGAGUUGAAAAUACUUCACAUACAUGGUGCCAGAAGUAUUACUGUUGACACUGUCCUUCAGUUGUGCCAGCACUGUCCCCAUCUUGAAGAACUGGCGUUACAUGAAUUAAGUCAGGCCUCAGACCAUGUGUUACAGAAUUUACAACUGUGCCCUAAACUUCGCUUACUGGAAAUCACACAGUCUAACUCACUUCGUGAUCUUUCAUUUUUAAAAUGUUGUCCAAACCUGUUGGAAUUGGAUCUUACUAUGUGCUACUCUUUACAGCCCUCCUCAUUUCAGCAUUUGCUACACCUGAAAAAGUUGAAAUGGUUUCAUAUGAGGCACUGUAGAGCAAUUGGUUUACCACUUGCUGCCAUGGCUGAAUAUCUUGUUCAUUUAAAGAUUAUUGACUUGUUUUAUUCUGCUGGUUUUAGUGAAAGUGAACUGAAAAAACUACAGAUGAUAGCUCCACACAUAAUUGUGUUACAGGGGCCUUUUGACCAUAGAUAGCUUCACAUAUAAUUGUUACAAGAGUCUUUUGGUCUAAUGUUGAAAAUACAAUUAAUUGUAUCCUUCAUAAAUGUCAGUACUUGUGCUAAUGAUCUGCUAAAAAGUUGUCAUGUAACUUGUAAAUAAAGGAACAUAUGUUCAUGG